AUGCCCCUCCACUUCGUGGAGGAGAAGUCCGCGGGCGAGGUCUACGUCGCCCUCAAAGGGAAACAGCUCGGAGACGAGGCCCUACACGGAAAGUUCGACGAGUUGAGAGCGUACUUGUCAGAGAGAGCCGACAAGCCCUGGCUGGACAUCGACCUAUCCAACAAUCCGUGGGUCACAGACGUGGGCAUCAGGUCCUUUGCUCUGCCUUUUCUGGUAGAGUAUGGAUGGGUGCUGAGGCUGCGCCUCUUCGGCACAGCGAUCGGCGGCCCUGGGCUGCGGUGUCUCGCCCCUCUUAUACGAGCGGGCUGGGUGCAGGAGCUGCACCUGUCGCACUUAAAGUCAAAGCCCACGGAGGCGGAGGUCGUGAGCCUUCUUUGGGAAGUGAAAGAGUCCGGCCGCUAUCCGCAGUACGGCACGUUGCCGCUGCUGCUGCGCCUUGAGCGCAACCAGCUCGACGUGGACGUGAUCAUCCACGAGGCGAAGGAAAUGGGGCUGACCUUCCGCAGCGGGCCCAUGGAUGAGCUGGAACCGUCGCGGACGACGGCGGCGAAGGAGAAGUUCGACGCUGAAAAGGUCGAGGCCAUGGUAGACUUCCCGUUACUCGAAGACCAGUGGCUCCAAGCCGUGCCACCAUCCACGCCUCCCCAGACGCGAUCGAAGUCUGCGGCUGUGGUGGCGACUUCGUCCUCGCAGCCUCCUCCGCCGCCGCCACCGCCGGAACUCCAGCCGCCGCCACCGCCACCACCACCGCCGAAGGCGGCACCGGCAAAGGGGCUACCAAAGCCGCCAGUAAAGGGGCCGCCCAAGGCGCCGCCCAAGGCGCCGCCGAAGGCGCCGCUGCCGAAGGCAGUCAAGGUGCUGACGCCGCAGCUGCUGAUAUCUUCUCAGAAGCUGAACGCCAAGCUGCUGACGUCAAGACCAAAAGUGCACGGCGCGCCGAAGCCUCGGCCGGCUGGGCCGAAGCCCGGGCCGGCUCUGGCGAAGCCUCGGCCCAGACCCAG